AUGCUGCCCAUGGAAACGCCGUCUCGGAUAUGGCGCCGUAUAGAGGCGAUAGAGGACAUGGACAUGGACAUGCCGUCCCUCCCGUCCCUUCCCGGCCUAGGCGGAGACUCAGACGGGGACGAUUCUCUCAACCACAUCACCCGAAUGUCAAGCGAAAAGGAUAUGGUUGACGGGAAUCAGAGUAACAUAUCGCUGCCUAUGACCUCGACACCGGCCGCUGCUUCGCACCGCGCUUCCACCAUUCGCCCAACCUCGAGCACCACAUCCUCCGCCUCACGUUUCGCGAAUUCUAUUGCCCGCACAUCUCGCUCCUCGACUGGACGGUUUUCCUCGCGGAAGAGUCAGAUAGAUAGCUUCGACGAAGUCAGUGUCAUCCCAUCCUUGCCAGACAUUCUGCCAGAUCGAGGCAUCAGUGGUCACUAUCCGAGCGAAGACGACGAUGAGGCAUCCAGCAAGGACAGCGUGCCCGAGAUAUACCUACCACCUCCAGAGGAUGAUGAAUCAGACUCUCCCCACCUGUCAUUGUCGGAUGCUUUGGAUUCCCUCAGCCGAACGAGCUCGCCGCCACCACUACCGCUCGUCAGCAGGGAUGCCACACCAAGAAAGAACUACGACUAUUCCGUCAGUCUGCGAUCGGAACCCAAGGUGUGUUGGAUGUAUCAGUGCAGCAUACUUGUUAUUCAUCCAUUGAAGCCCUCGCCGUUUGACAAGUUCCGCAACGUGGCCAUGCGGAGACCGCCAGCACGAACGCCAUCACUUUCCCGUACGGCAUCCUCGUCUUCAACCUCUUCACCGACACAUUCCACGCCGAGGAGUAAUGUGUCAGGCGUCCCUCGCUCAAAUCCCAGCUCGCCCCUACUUGCAACGACGGUUCCAUUACCCCGCUCAGCGACGGCAUCUCCCGCGAUUGUUAUUUCUCGGCCGGAUAGUGAAAGCAGCGAAAGCAAUGAUUCGUAUCUAAAAGAUGGCGAUACACAGUCGAUGGAUAUUACUGAUGUCCACAUCUCGCCAGCGAGGGCCGGUGCAAGCGCGGACGAGGAGUCGACCAGCGAGCCUGAACCUACUUUCUCCUCUGAGGGCGGGCCGACCUUCCAAGUGGAUCGAUCGCGUCCCGAAUCGAGUGCUCGAUCGAGCCCUGGCAGCAGGACUGCAAUGCCCAUCACAUCUCCGGCUGCAUCUUCAGUGGCGACUCCAACACCAGGGCCGAGAGCACGCUUCAAUUUGCCCUCGGACGAUGAUCCUCAGACACCGGGCGCCACUACCGACACGGGUGAUGAUGUGCUUACUCCCCACACGCGGCGACGCUCGUUCCUGCUGUCUGUGAUCAACUCGACUGCUCGUCCACGCAUGAAGUUUCCCACGCCUCAUCCAAGACGAGCUGCUCCUCCCGAUGAAACCCCGGCCGGCACUCCGGUCCCGGCUUCCCGAUUGGCUGCCCUGAAUGCGACGCCAGGCCCCGGCACAGCGUUCUCGGGUGUCACUGCACGCGCGCAACGACGCGUUUCGCAUCCUUUGGCUCAGAGCUUCGUUCCUUCUCCCGGGACAUCGGAUUCUGAGUCCAUCAGUGGCGCCACGCCGUGGGCCACACCCAGCCCUGCCCACGAGGGAGCAUCAAUAAUUUCAACGGCGUCUUCUCAUGAUCUAACGACCCAUCACUACCGCGCCAACACAUCCUUUGAUCCGGCUAUGGGUUUUGGCGCCGGCGCGCAGCACGGGGUCGGCCGAUUCAACGCAGGGAAACUCAAUACAUAUCUGCACGGCUUAAAUCGACGCCUGCAGGAGGAAAAUGAGAUUUUGGUCGAUCGGGUGAAGAAACUCGAGGAACAGCGCGGAAUCGAGCCCACUGAAAAUCGUCGCCUCAGCAGCGGCAGUGCUGGACGUCGGACCAGUCUCGGUGGAACUGUUUUGGGGAGCGUCGAGGAAGACCGUGCGGCCGAAGGAUGGCUGGAGGAGAAAGCCGAACUCGAGGAGAUGGUCGAGACCUUCAAGCAAGAGUUGAACCGGUGCGAAACUGAGAAGACCGAGCUGGAAGGCUCGCUCGAGACCGAGAAACGAGACCGCGCUGGAGAUAAGGAACGAUGGAAGGAGAGGAUGAAGCAAGUCGAAAGCGGCGUUGCAGAGAUUGUCGGGGAGCUAGAGGAGAAGCUUCAUGCAGCAGAGAAACAAGUCCAAACGCUGGAAGAGGACGCUGCCCAGCAGGCCAAAGAGAACGAGAGGCACGUCUCAGCAGUCGAAGAGGAACGUGAUCUCGCCGCAGCUCGCGCCGAGAAAGCCGAACGUGUGCUUGAAAGUGGAAAGGAGCUCGGCGGCGAACUUCGCGAAGCAAACGAGCGACUCGACAAGGCAUUGGCUGAUCUCCGCGGUGCCAAUGGCCAGAUCCAAGAUCUCGAAGAUGCGGUCCUUCAAGCUGAAUCCAAGAUCGACCAGUUGGGACGAGAACUUGAUGAGGAGCGUGUCAUAAGUGAGGAACUCCGCCAGGAUCUCAAGGCCGCGGCCAAUCAAGACGGUCAUCUGGCUGAUGUGGAGGAAGAGCUGCGUACUACCAAAGAGUAUGUCGUUGAGCUGGAACAGGCUGCUGAGGGUGCAGUCGCCAGUAUCCAAUCGCUCGAAGCACAACUGGCUACAGGUCAAGAAGAACUGGAGCGACUGACCGCGGUCGAAGAUGAGCUGGCCGGUCAAAUCGAAGAAGCAGAGGGCGGCCGUGAUCGCGCUGAAGAGCUUGCACGGCAGAUGGAAGAUGCGUUGGAAGCUGCUGAAAGCAAGAUGGUGGACGAUGAAAACGAAGUUGCUCAGCUCAAAGGUCGGAUUGCAACUCUGGAACAAGAGCGAGAGCGACUGCGCGAUAGAUCAGCACAAGGUGCCAGCCCUGGCGUCUCGGAGGAAGACUUGGAGGCACUUGAAGACGAACUGGACAACGCGAACCGGGAGAUCGCUCGCCUCAAUACUCUGCUGAACCAGUCACCUGCCCGCAAGGCGAUCGAAAUGGCCAAGGAUGCGCGAAUCGACAUGUUGGAGAAAGAGAAAGAGGACUUGCUCGAGCGAGUCAAGUCUCUACGAGCGACCAUGACGGAAAUCGGAACGCCUAGCAAAGCCUUCGAUACGAGCAUGAUGUCUCCAAUGCGUCGACAGGUAUCCAUUCGAAUGCCCAAGACUCCCGGUGGUCCUCUUCGAGAUAUGUCGUGGCUGAAUCAAACUAACGCAGAUGGCACGAUCUCGCCUCUCGUCGCUGAAAUCAGUCGCCUGCAACGUGAGCUGGACCUCGCCAACCAAAGCAUCGACGACAAGCUCGACAAGCUGGAGGAUGCAGGCUUGGGGGUUGUUGAGUUGACACAACGUCUCGGCGAUGCUCGAGCGAAGAUUUCUUUGCUCGAGGAAGAGAUCGCCCGGCUUUCGCGCAAAGAGCAACGGCGAAAUCAUCGGCUGGAACGCGCUAGAUGCCAAAAGUGUCUCGUCAAAGUCGAUCUCCGAAGUGUCAUCGAUGCUGAUGAGAGCUCGAUUCUGGGACUGAAUGCCACGUUACCGUCUGAGCCACCAACGCCUCCAACACGAACCAGUCAAGCUCUGCGCGAGGACCUCCAUUCUGCCAAUGCAAACCUGGCCAAGAUGAAGAAGCACUGGGAAGAUGAACGCCAGAAGCUGCUCGGAGAGAAGGCCGUCUUGCAGGAUGCCGCCAAUCGCAUGAACGGCCGAGUGCGAUCUGCUGAGGAAGAGACGAAGAAAGUCGUCGAGACCAAGGCUGUCAGUGACAAAUUGAGGAAUAGUGCUGAAGCCGAAUUAGAGAACGCGCGAAGGGUCAUCUCCGAAUUGGAAGCUGACCUGCAGACAGAGAGGUCUCGCCUUCGAUCUUUGUCCACCGAGCACACUCGUGCGCAACGGGAGAAGGAGAACAUUCUGCUGCAGCUGAAACGGACAGAAACCGACAUGGACGCUGUUCGCCGGCAGUUGCACAAUUUCAAGCAGGAAAAUCACGAAAUGGAGGCUGAAUUGCGCAGCAACGCAAACGCUGACCAACGAGCUCGCUUAUUGGAAGACCGCGUCGCAGAGAAUGCUGAAACGAUGGAGCAACUCCGUCAAGAACGAGCGCUGCUGUCGACCGAUCACAAAGCACUGCAGAAACGCUUCACGGAAAUCUCCGAGGCAACCAACCGGCUGGGAGCAGAGCACCACCUCCUGCAGACCGCUCACGAUGACCGUCGCCAAGGACUUGAUCUGCAGAGGCAAGAAAUCGACGAACUGAAACGCGCUCUCGAUGACCAAGCCGACGAGCUCCAACGCGCUCAGGCCGAACGCAACCGGGCUGCUGCGGAGAAGAAUGAUGUGGCGCGCACAGUCGCUUUGCUGGAGGCUGAUUUGAAACGAGUUCGGAAAGAUGCAGAAGCGUUUGGGCGGGAUUUGAGGCUACUGAAAGCUGAGAAGGAGCGCUCGGAAGCCAAGCAGAGGGAGGAUGCUGUCAAAGCCGAACGCGCCAAAAAGCAGAGCCAGAGCCAGAUACGAGUGUUGACCGAACAACUUGAAGGUCAACGAGCCAAGACGCAGAGGGCGAAGGAAGACUUCAAGCAACACAUCUGUGCUAUGGAUGAGCGACAACUGUCGGGUCUCAAGAUGCAACAUAAUCGAGAAUGCAAGGGUCUGAUGGUUCAAAUUCGAUAUCUGAAGGCCAAAUUCACUCGCGAAUCGUCGUUCCGUGCUGGGCUGGGCUACCAGAAAGGCCAUCUACUGGUGCUGCUGUCUUGUUUAGAACGGAGCGAACACAACAUCCUGUCCUCCAUUGCACGGAUCGGUUUCCCAGCACGGCAGGCGCCUCCGACGAAAAGACCUAGACGGUUGAAGACUGUUGCGUUGAGCGUUGUUUUCUUGAGUCGGGCGAAACGCGCUGCCGAGAGCUGGAGGACAGAGAGAGCGUCAAAGCGACACAUCGAAGCUGCGUUGCAAGACGUGCGUCGGCAGCGCGCAAUAUCAGCGGGGUGA